GGAUAUCGAAGUGAACGGUUCGCACGUCGCACGUCCAAUGGUGGAAUGUGGAAAGUGUGAGCUUUAGGUGCACAACGAGCUACGACUACAAAGAGUGAGGGAAAAGUGAACGACAAACAGACGCGUCACAACCGCAGACACUUUGUCAAGCGUAACGAUUAUUAAAGGCUUUCACAAAAACCGAACGAAAAGCCGAUAUUGAAAAACGUUUAAACAAAAAGUGAAAGCUCAUCGUCACCACAUUUACGUGGCGCAGCCAAUUUUGCUGGCAUUAACACGUUGGCGGCACAGCAGCCGGCGGAGGCGGUGAAGCUGGCGAAGCAGCAGCGUUGAAACCAAAAACGAAAUUCGAAAGACUUUAAAGUUAAUAAAUAUACACAAGCCAUACACAUUAGUAUUCUCCAGAGUAGCCGCACGUGUGAAUAUGGGCGCUGACAAUGUAGGGGAGGUGGUGGUUGUGGAUGUUGUUCGCAGGUGAACAAUAAAUGUCAAGUACACACAUACAAAGUGUGCGCUUGCUGCAAACAAUGAAACAAAAGCACUUAACAAAGUGAAACAUCUAAAGUGAACUAGAAGACAGGAGCAAGUGUGUGUGACAGGAUGCAGAACUUAGCAGUGUAACGGUGAAUAGGAGAAAUCAACCUCUACAAAGACUGCGGCGAAGUUAGCGAGAAAAUCCUCAGCAGAUUUUUGCUGGCGUUUAAUUAAAAACGGAUAAUCAGUAUUUGACGACGUCGACAAGUGACUUAUUUGCAGAUUUUGCCGUCGACAAAUACAAGGGGCCCAAACGGCUGAAGAGGUGGGUGAGCCGAAACUCAGCAGCAGUUAGUGGUGAAUGUUGUUGGCGACUGUGUCCUCGAUGGCUCACCCGAACUUAAACUGUGUUUCAUUGAACUGGGCAGGCACGAGGUGAUUUGUGAUUGACAGCCGGAGGAAAAGGGUGGUGAAAAUCUGUUGAUCAACAUUAUUAUGCUUCAAAGAAAUCAACAAAAGUUGCAACAACAAAAGCAGAAGUUUUGAAGGCUAAAACUGUUGCUGACCAAGCUACCUAGCAACAAAGCUUGCAACUUGGGUGACAAUGACAUUAUUGGAUUGUUGGAUGCAGCAAAAAUUCCUGAUGACUACCACCGUAUGGACACCAUUGAACCUGCAAUUGCAAUUGUCACAUCUACUGCAACAGAAAGUGAGAAUAUCGAUGCCUUUGAGACGUGAAGCAACGACCGAAGGGCUGAAAGAUAAAUUGCUGACCCAAAAUACACUCAAUGCCAUUUUCACUCCUGAAGACAACAACAAAAACAGCACUAACACCAAUUUUCAACUGAAAACAAGAACAACAACUGAUUUCGGCAGAGGCAGCCAACAAAAAGUAAAUGGGAACUAAAUAGAAGAAAUAAAUUGAACCAAAUGAGGACUCAAAUAAAGAAAGCAAAGUUAUCCAGUAAAUUUAAGGUGGAGAAAUUGAUGCUAUAUGGCAAUUAAACCUGCAAUCAAUCGUGGUGCUGAGUACGACAGUCCAAAAAAGUAUAGAAAUCACAAAACAACAAUAAAAACGACAACAAUAUCCUGGAUAUAAACCCCCUCAAUUCCUCCACCAACACAAUCACAGGCCACAAACAGUACUAUCACUGACAGUUUCAACCUCAAAGCCAACAGUAAAGGCGAAACGGAAGCGUUAGCACGAGAGAUCAACGGCCUAUGAUAGACGCACGAUGUGCACGAACGUUGCAGCUAAGCCGGCGAACAGCAGUAGCAGCAACAACAGUAGCAAAGAGAGCAAUAACAAAGAGAUCAACAACAAUAUCCGCCACACAUACAGCGGUAGCCGACGCAAUAGCGUAGCGACAACAAUCGCAGCCAGCUUGGCCGUCAUCACCUACCUCGGCCACCCAGCCGCAUCGCAAGAAUUCACUGCUCCAUCAGCGGCAAGUGCAGCGACCACCCACCGGGAAUCUCGCAAUAUCAGCGAUUACGCGACGACUGAAAUACCAGCGGCAGCGGCGAUUGCAAAUCAUACAGUAAUUGCGGCGAAUUUCGAUUCGACUUCAGCUGGAAGAGAAACAACGCCAGCGUCUGCCAGUACCCCUGCCGACAUAGACACAUCCUCGCCAACGACCGUCAAAAGAAACGCGGUAUAUAGCAGCGCAAAUACCUAUGUGUCUGCAGCGACGUCAACAGCAACGGCGACAGUGCUGGCUACCACCAUCGGCGAAGCAGAAGCGACUUUCAACGCAUUGGUGUACAACGACACCUUCACAGAGAGUUACAAUGGCAGCAUAUACAGCAGCAACAAAAGCAGCGACGAUGUCAACUUAACGGUACUCAACAUCACCGAUAUCGUUUCGCAAAACAACAGGGAUAAAUGGUUAAGUCUGUCGAUAUUCAUUGUGAAAGGCUUCAUAUUCGCUUUGAUUAUCUCAGCAGCGGUGCUGGGCAAUGCCUUGGUCAUCAUUUCGGUGCGCCGCAAUCGCAAAUUACGCGUUAUCACGAAUUAUUUCGUCGUCUCGUUGGCCAUGGCAGACAUGUUGGUGGCGUUGUGUGCGAUGACAUUUAAUGCGACGGUGGAGCUCUCCGACGGCAAAUGGAUGUUCGGCCGGUUCAUGUGCAACGUGUACAACAGCCUGGAUGUAUACUUUUCCACGGCGAGUAUUUUGCAUUUAUGCUGUAUCUCCGUCGAUCGAUAUUUCGCCAUCGUCCGCCCGCUCGAGUAUCCACUGUAUAUGACGACUCAUACAGUUUACUUUAUGCUCGCGAACGUGUGGAUACUCCCGGCACUUAUAUCGUUCACACCCAUCUUCCUGGGUUGGUAUACGACAGCUGAGCAUAAGCGGGAAAUCUUGUUGCAUCCGGAUCAGUGCUCAUUUGUGGUCAACAAGGCGUACGCAAUCAUUUCGAGUUCAGUCAGCUUCUGGAUACCAGGCAUCGUGAUGCUCUGCAUGUAUUGGCGCAUAUACAAAGAAGCGGUGCGACAAAGGAAAGCUCUAAGCCGUACAAGUUCGAAUAUUCUGUUGAACAGUGUACACAUGGGCCACACCCAAUCGACCAACCUCAAUUAUUUGCACCCAAGCGAUUGCGAACUAAGCGCUACGAUAGCGCGCGAGGAGACACAUAGCGCGAUCAGCAAUUUAGAGGAUAUACUGCCACAAACAACAGAUGAAGAUGAUGAAAAAGAUGAUUGUGAUGAAUUGCGAGUGCCAGCUCCGCCGCGUCGUCUCAGCCGCAGUAGCAUCGAUUUGCGGGACCUGGAGCAAGAACGGUACGAGAGAGUCACACACACCGACAGCGCUCCAUCAAUGAUCGCACUACAUCAUGCCGCACAACAACAACCAAAUGGUGAGGCCACGACCCUUAACCCUCAUAUUUGGACAGAAGGGCUUGGGGAGCUACAGCAAUCCGUUUGCAUUACGAAACGGUCCGCCUCUCCAAUUAAUUCUAAUCAGAACUCGCCGAAACAAUCGCCCAGCCAACAACAAAGUUUCAGCAGUAAGCAGUCUCUACAGGUGAGACAAAAAUUUUUGGAUUCAGAGCAAUAUCAACAGGUAUUUGGCAUGAUGAGUGAUGAUAGUGAGACCACCGACUAUUGCGACAAUAUAAUCCAAUUGGGAGUGAAGCAGCAGCAGUUACAGGCUCCAGCAACAUGCUUGCCAAUCGCAGAGGAUAAUAAAGAACUAAAGCGCCUCAUCGAAGACAGUUAUUUGUAUUUUAAGAAGCAAACGAAUAUGCAGAUUGGCGCUGAACCAAGCGAGCAACAAGAGACCGCUGGAAAUCGGAAAUUCCCGGCGCAUAGCGAAAGUGAUUUUAUUAAGAUGAAAAACGGUCGCAAUCGCAGUCGUAGUAGUGGCGGCAGUGAAGGCAAUGCCAAAAAACCGUGUGCUCUAAGUGAUUCUGAGUUCCUCAAGACAUUGGCUGACUCCACAAAUAAGCGAAAACAACUGGAAUCACUCACAGAAGGCGUUGUGAAAGAAGAUAAAAACAAAGUAAGAGACAAGGGCUUUACAUUUAAAGGUUUGUUAGCGAAAACGAAACGAUCAAGCACAGAAUGUUUUUCCAUCGAAAAGAAGCGCCACCAAGCCACGUCUGAAGAGAUACGCAGCAAUCGUGCACAACUAUUUCGACGGUCACGCAAUCGCAAGCUGUCACAUAGUUACAACGGAGGCAUGAGCCGGAAACAGGAGAUACAUUCGCGCCAACACAGUGACACUGAUUCCGAGGCCGGUUUCAUCUAUUAUUCGUACACUAUGGGGGAGAGUCAGGAGAGUUCGGCUACACGCUACAACACUCCUGACAUUUUACUCGAUAUCAAUGUGUUAAACGAACAAACGGAUGACUCUAUAAAAGACAAUAUUUCAGUUCGAACACACGAGUUCGAGAUAACUACGUCUCCACAUGAACAUAAUGGCUCAGUACAAUUAAUUGACUUGGGAGAUUCUCACGAAGUAGCUUAUAGCGGCUCAGACGACUUCUCACAAUACACCGACUGUCUUACUGAGUCCCCACAUAUACCAGCUACACCGCCACCGUCACUGUCGCCUUCCUCAUUAACCGAAGCUAUAGUUCCUGAUCAACCCAUUAAAUGCGCCAUUGAACUGCCGGAGAAAAGCAAUAUUCUCAUUACCUCGCGCACUGACCUGGUCGAGCUCUUCCGCUCUCUUAGUUUUCCCAUUGCAGAGCUAGGGACUACCACAAUCGAUUCGCCACACCGAAGGUUCCUUUCGUCGUCCAACUCUACCGAAUCCAAGUCAGGAAAGUCAGCAAAUCAGAUUAAACAGCGACUCAGCACACUCAGUGAUCAAGUUUUAGUGACAAAGAAUAGCACUAACUUUCUCAUGUCCCCACCGACAACACCAAACUUCAAUUCCGCACAAAAUCUACCGACAACAAAGGCUAAUGCCUUCUCAAGCGCGCUAAGUAACACAGUAAAUGUCUACUUUCUCUCACCACCACCAACAGCAACUCUGCAACCGUUCCCGAACAACUCACCAACAAGCAAUCCCUUCACCAGUGACACGACCACAUUAUCCUUGGACGUACUUACCUCAUUGUCAGUGCCGACGUCUCAGAGUCAACAAGCCUUGGCCGUGCACGCAACACCACCACAAGUGUCGCAAUGCAAGUCGCCAAAACCAGAAAUUAUACUAGACUCUACACUCUCGCCCACUUCGUUGCACAGCGGCAGUAAUGGCGACAUCGACGGUGGUGAUGGUGGCCUACUCACCAGCGAUGAGAAAGACUUGACUUCACCGUUAUUCAAACGUCACGACAGCGAGCCAGAAACAACAUCCACAACAAUACGUCAUCGCCCCAGCAUACUAGCAGGAGGCGGAGCUUAUAACGGCAGCAACGGUCAAUCAAUACGCAAACGUCAGGCGUCGGUGGUGACGUAUGAUGUCAAUGUCAUUAAUUUUUCACAGGACAACAGUGAUAGCCGCAGCUACAUACCAAUGGGUCGAGUAUCGACCAGCUCAGCAAAGCCGCAGCUGCCAACAGAAGUCGAUUUCUCGCAAAAGUCGUCACUUAAACGACGCGGCGGAAUCUGCAUAUUUGUCGAUGAGGAAGAGGCCAUUAAUAUGAUUGAACAAAAGACUGGUAGUGGCAACCAAGCCAAGUGCAUCACCUUCGAUACUGUGAACGUCGGCUACGAGAGCACCGAUAUGGCCAACGCGAAAGUCAAUAAGGCGGCCGUUAAGUGCCAAUUAUGCGGCGCCAAUACGAGGCCGCAAUUGCGUUUACCAGUUCCCGGCGGUCAGGGACAGGGUCAUAGUCGAAGCGACAAACGUUUUUGGCACACGAAUCGUUGGUGGCACAAACGCAAGAACCGCCAGCGAAGGUCGGAGGAAUGCCAGUGCGGCGCUACCGGCGGCUCGGUGCGACCGACGAAAGGCUGGAAGGCUGAACACAAAGCUGCGCGGACCUUGGGUAUCAUAAUGGGUGUGUUCCUGCUUUGCUGGCUGCCAUUCUUCCUGUGGUAUGUAAUAACUUCUCUGUGCGGUGCGGCCUGCCCUUGUCCGGAUGUAGUCGUCGUGGUGCUUUUCUGGAUCGGCUACUUCAACUCCACACUGAACCCGCUGAUCUACGCCUAUUUCAACCGGGACUUUCGCGAAGCCUUCCGCAAUACACUGGAAUGUGUGAUUCCGUGUUUGCGCAAGCGCAACCCCUACGACGCCUACUACGUGUAGUACGCCAAAGUGGCGAGUGCUCAUGCAAAAAUGUAGUAAGUUUGUGUUCCUUGUCCAUGGUACACCACCUGCUCACAGGCAUAGCAGCGUGUGUACCAUGGAAAAUUUGUAGUGUAAUAUCAGCAGCUCGUGCUUCUUUCUACCUUACUCAGCAAACGAGAGCACUUCAAACAGUUUAUGUGAUAUGAAUUUGUAAGUUAAAGUUAGCGAAAACAUCAUUAUGUUAAAUUCCAUGUACGGCCGAAUGAGCCACACAUACAUACUGCAGAAUAGACCAAUGGACGUUGAAUAAGUAUGUACUUAAUUAUAUUUAGCGAAUUAUGUAUUUGAACUUGAGCAAACAUGUGCGAUCGCACGCGUAGAUAGCAUCACCUCAUAACACUUAGAAAAAGAUAAAUUUUGAAUUUAGUAUUAAAAUGUGCAUAUAUAUGUGUUAAAUUGAUGUACAUACCAUCAGAUGUGCUAGUUAAAUAGAUAUGUAGUCAAAAAGCAAUACUUGUAUAAACUAUCCAAGCGGAUCUUGUUUAAAUAUCGUAUGUAAUAUGCAUUAUGAAUAUGAGUUUAGUUAUAAAAAUAUACUUUAUUUGAUAUUUAUGAAAAUAAAAAACUAGGUUAGGUCGAAUGAUAGAUCUGCAAAGGAAAAGUGAUGGUAUAUAGAUUGCCGAGUUAAUGUGCGUUCCUCAUUCGUUUAGCAAAACCAAAUCUACAAAGUGGAAAUUUCGCUGCUUUCGCGCGAAAAUAGAAUAAAGGGGGUUCCCACCAUUCUCAAAUAACUGUUUCCUUCGACAUUUCUUACAUUUUCAAAGGUUUCCAUAUGCACUAUUCUCCCAAGUAUUCUACAAAAGAGGCUCCUGAGUGCUUUCGGCUAUAACCGCGUAAGCGGUGUCUACGCUAGUAAAGAAGAAGAUUCUACAAAGGAAUUCUCUGUGGAAAAUUUGUACGCAAGUAAAGAAGAA